AUGUCGCGCUCCUCCUGCUCUGGCUCGCGGCCACAAGGCCCGCAACGAACACCAAACCAUGCCGUCCGCCCUCCAUCGCAUUCGCUCACGCCGACACCUCGCACCCCUUUAACUCCCCGCUGGCCCUCGCGCCUGGUUAUCAAGCUGGCCCCGAAGCAUUUUCGCCGCACGCCCAUCGCCCACCGCCCUUCCCUCUCCCCUCUCCGCUUCUUCUUCCCGCACACGCGCCUGCGCGCCCGCCAGCGCCUCGAUCACUUCCGCCACGAAUUCCUGCCCUUGCUUCGCCACCGCGCCCAGUCGCGCAUCUACCGCUACCUCGUCCGCCGACAGGAAAAACGCCUCUCCCGCGCCCAGACCGCGCCCGCCCGCCACCGCGGAAGCCGUAUUCUCGCGCUUUUGCGCAGAUCGCCCACCACCCUUCGCGACUCCCCCAAGGAAAAUGUCCACAGCGACGGAGACGGGUCCGGCAAGAUGAGCUCCCUUGGCGCCGGUCGAUACUACUCCGGUGCCCCCUACCACGAAUCUGACGCUGACGAUGGUACUCUAUCAGGCUUGCGCACGGAGCGUGAGCCCGGUGCUCGCCGCAAGAAGUUCGCCGGCUACCUGAAGGCUGCCAAUGAACUGCGACAGGCGUACCAGCAGAGCUACACUCGAGGAUGGGGCAGUGGCGGCGGAGACAGGUUGGACUGGGACCAAGGCGACGACACCCCUGGCGCCUUUCCGGAUGCUGCCAUAAUCAGGAGCGGCGAUGAAGAAAUGGUUUUGUUCCCCAGCUACGCCCGGAAGCAUGUCAAACGGAAGCCACAACCCCCUCCAGCCAUCCCCCAGGAGACCCCAAGACGAGACGCUAGAGAUAGUGCCGGAUCCGGAGAGACCGAGUCUUGGAGGAGGGAAUUCGAGAAGCUCGAAGACGACGACAACGCCGUGGUCGACGUGGACGUACGAGGCUGGAUUUACUAUCCCCAUCGAGGCCAGAUGACCCGGAAACACAGGCUAUUCGUGGGCCUCGCCCGACAAUUGGUUGGCCUCCCGGCACCAUCGGCGAAGAGCAGCAAGCCCCCCAGCCGCGAACCAAGCCCGCACAGGUCGAUGGCCGAGAAGGCUCGUGAAAAGAGUGUCAAGCAAGAGGAAGAGCUAGUCGAGAAGGAGGCAAUGUCUAUUAUGAGGAAAGGAGAGAUGGAGAUUGCGAACGCCGAGAAGGGAGGCUACAGCGAAGCUCCAUCGAAAGGAUCGGACACGGACAGCUUGGAGACGAUGCGGUCAAGGGACGUGUCGCCAGCAAGAGGACGGACUGGCAGGCUGGCCGAGCUUUCUGCGGAGAACGAAAGCAUUCCAAAAACCGGGGUACAGAGGAGAGAAACGUGGACCCAGCCUGCUCACAUGAAUUCUGCUGAGCUCGACAUGGCGAACAAGCAUCUGAUGUCCCGCUUGCUACCGUUCCUGGCGAAUCCCCUGGCGAACACUCCCAUCUCCAUUUUCUUCUACAACGAAGAGAUAUCGCGUCAACGCACCAUCUACACCGAUGCUGCCGGUCAUUUCUCCGUCCGAGCUGCUCUGGAAUUCGUUCCGACCCACAUCAGAGUCAUCGUCUCGGAAAACCUCUCCACCACUGCCGAAGUUCGUAUUACUGAGCCCAAGGGUAUCAGCCUGAUCAGUGACAUCGAUGAUACGAUCAAACACUCCGCAAUCAGUUCCGGCGCUCGCGAGAUCUUUCGGAAUGCAUUCAUCCGAGAACUGGGGGACUUGACGAUCGAAGGAGUUCAGGAGUGGUAUAACACCCUCUACGAAGAGGGGGUCAGGUUCCACUACGUGUCGAACUCCCCGUGGCAGCUUUACCCCGUUAUCUCCCAGUAUUUCAAAUUGGCCGGUCUGCCGCCUGGCUCCUUCCAUCUUAAGCAAUACAGCGGCAUGCUGCAGGGUAUCUUCGAACCAGUAGCCGAGCGGAAGAAAGCCACACUGGACCGGCUGGCACGAGACUUCCCGCAGCGCAGUUUCAUUCUGGUUGGCGACAGUGGUGAAGCAGACCUCGAGGUCUACACGGACUUCGUAUUGGAGAACCCAGGACGCGUGGUGGCUGUCUUCAUCAGAGAUGUGACCACUCCCGUGAAGAAGGGCUUCUUUGACCCCUCGGCGGGCCCACUUGGGUCCGGUAAGUCGUCCAAGCGGAAUUCGAAGGUACUGAGCGGUAGACGCUCUGCUCGAUCAUCCAAGGCUUCAGAAGACGACGAUCCCGAACUGCGAGCUGCGAUAGCCGCGUCGCUACGCGACUUCGAAGACGCCAAUGCUCGAUACCCUGGAUUGACUCCGGGACACAGCCCAAGCAGUAGUGAGUUUGAUCUCGCGGAGAAGCGCGCAUCUCUACCCCCACGCAGACCCACCGAGCCAGCGGCCCCAGAGGGCCACAGGAUGAACCCCCCUAUGGGGAAAUUGAUUGAUCUGUCUGAUGACGAGGACGCCGCGUCGGUCACGUCGACUAGCUCCGCCCCGCCUCUUUCCCGGAAUAUCUCAGAUCCCAUAUCGGAGACGUUGCUCGAGCCUAUUGCGGAAGCUCCAUUACAAAGAAGCAAUGCUGUCAGGGGGCGCACAUCGCCAUCGGUUGGAGAGCGGAGGGCGCCUCCUGCGAAGCCAAGUAAACCAAUGCGUCUCCGUAGUCCGUCGCAAGAAAACAUAUCCGCCGCGUUCCGCCAAGAGCCUCCUGCCAAGCCUGCGCCCCCGCCAAUUAGGAGGCCAUCGACAGAAGUUAGGACGAAUUCAGCAAGAGGGCGCAGUCCGGCGGCGGGUUGGCGGCCUCAUGCUCCGGACGCGCCCCCCGACGCAAAGACCAGUGCACCUCCACCACCUCCGCCAAGGCGCUCUGAAACGAGCCAGACCAACCAAUCUACCUACGCGGGGGCCGCUCGCGACAAAUUGACACAGGCCUACAACAGCUUGCCUGCAGCUUCGACCCUGUGGAACGGCACGUCUGCGCCAAGCGAGCCAAGAGCCCCCGGCACGUCAUCAGCGUCGGAGAGCAAGAAAAUUCCGCCGCCGCCGCCCCCCCGUCGCACCGGCACAUCGUUGACGGAGGGUGCAAGGGACACCCCAGCAGGCCGCAUGCCCUCCAGCAUCCCGGCGAGGUCGCCUGGCGCAAGCAGCAUCGCAAGUGAUUAUUUCGAAAGCCGGCGGCCGUACACGGCAAAUGCUGCGAGCGGAUCGUCUACGUCGUUGAACUCGAAGCCUUCGUUCGCGUCGGGCAUGACAAUCACGUCUGCGCCUAACGGCGGGGCAGCGAGCACAGGCAAUAAGCGCGAGGACCUCUGGCGGAAACGAUUGGCGAGGGCAGAGCAGACGCUCGGGGAGAGAGGAGUCGUGCUGCGGACUUGGCGCGUUGGCAGCGAUGUGAUGGACGAGGCAUUGAAAUUGGUUUCAACGACGAUGGAGCGACAGACUAGGGAGCGCAGUGACAGCAAGGGGGACGAGCUACGGCUUAUCAGUGAGCAGCGGAUCAACUCGGGACCAAGACGAUAA